AUGUCUAGCCAACUUCGAGUGCUUAGUGCUCUUGAUGCUGCCAGGGUACAAUGGUACCACUUCAAAGCCAUCGUAAUUGCAGGCAUGGGCUUCUUGACUGACGCCUAUGAUCUCUUCAGUUUACCAAACAUCACAAAGUUGCUCGGCCGCAUCUACUACACUCACGACGGUGCAACGACGCCCGGAACCCUCCCUCCCGGAGUGAAUUCCGCCGUCAACGGCGUCGCCUUGUUUGGCACCUUGAUAGGCCAGCUAUUCUUUGGCUGGCUGGGUGACCAAAUGGGAAGGAAAAAGGUCUAUGGUUUAACCCUUAUCCUCAUGGUUGUCUCCUCUCUAGCCUCCGGUCUCUCUUUCGGUAAAUCAGCAAAAGGCGUCAUCACUACUCUUUGCUUCUUCCGCUUCUGGCUCGGAUUCGGCAUCGGCGGCGACUACCCUCUCUCCGCCACCAUCAUGUCAGAAUAUGCCAAUAAAAAGACCCGUGGAGCUUUCAUCGCGGCGGUUUUCGCAAUGCAAGGCUUCGGAAUUCUGUUCGGCGGUGUUGUUUCCCUAAUUGUUGCGACGGCGUUUGACCACGCCUACGAAGCUCCUCCUUAUAAGUUCAACGCCGCCGCUUCUCUUGUUCCUCAAGCCGACUAUGUUUGGCGAAUCAUUCUCAUGUUUGGUGCUGUCCCAGCUGCUCUCACUUACUACUGGCGUAUGAAAAUGCCGGAGACAGCUCGUUAUACGGCGCUGGUGGCUAAGAAUGCGAAGCAAGCCGCCGAUGACAUGGCUAAAGUACUGCAAGUUGAUAUUGAAGCUGAACCAGAAAAGUUAGAGAAGAUGACUCAGAGGAAGAACAGAUACGGGUUGUUCAGUCGGGAAUUUGCUCGCAGACAUGGCCUUCACUUGCUCGGAACCACCUCCACUUGGUUUCUAUUAGAUAUUGCGUAUUACAGUUCUAAUAUCUUUCAGAAGGAUAUUUACACUGCAGUUGGGUGGCUUCCUCCGGCUGAAGACAUGAACGCAAUCCACGAGGUUUACAGGGUUUCGGCAGCACAAGCACUCAUAACAUUAUGUGGUACAGUGCCAGGUUAUUGGUUUACAGUGGCAUUUAUAGACUAUCUGGGUCGCUUCUUCAUCCAACUUAUGGGUUUCUUCUUCAUGACAGUCUUCAUGUUUGCUCUUGCAAUCCCAUAUGAUCGCUGGAGUACGCAGAAACAAAGCCCAAUAGGGUUUCUUGUAAUGUACUCUCUCACUUUCUUCUUCGCCAAUUUCGGUCCAAAUACCACCACUUUCAUUGUCCCCGCGGAGAUUUUCCCGGCAAGGUUGAGGUCCACUUGCCACGGGAUAUCAGCGGCUGCCGGAAAAGCCGGAGCAACCAUCGGUGCGAUCGGAUUUUCCUUUGCAGCACAGAGCAAGCGCCAUAAAAAUACGGAUGAAGGGUAUCCAACUGGCAUGGGGGUGAAGAAUUCACUUAUUAUGCUUGGUGUUAUUAAUUUUGUGGGGAUGUUAUUUACGUUCCUCUUGCCAGAAUCCAAAGGGAAAUCAUUGGAGGAGUUAAGCGGAGAGAACGAAGACGAAGAUGAAGGAGGCGACCAAGCUACAUAGAGCUCAAUAAUGCCUCUUUCUAAUCACUAGAUAUAGGAUUUCGGUUCUUUCGGUGUUAAGGAUCUUAUCUGUACAAUAUGUUACAUCUUUUAUAUUUAAUCCCUUAAUUAGGUUUUACGUUUACAUUUAGGAGAAGUAGUAUAUUUUACAAAGUAGUGCACAAACGUAUAUGAUGUAAAUAGUAUUGUGUCUAUAUAUACCAUAUAUACAAUAUGUCUACCAACGAAA